GGAAAGAGAUAUGAGGAGGAAGAGAAGAAGGAUGGAAUGAAGAGGAAGAAGAAAAGUCUCCACGCCACCACCGACCCCUCGAGUCUACGCAGCCCAGUGGCCGUGUGUGUCUUGGCGUUGGGCGUGACGUGCAGCAACGGGAAGCUUGAUGCACAGCACAGCACAGCACAGCGCAGCGGAGAGAUUGGUGGUGAGUUGACGAUCCAAAGGCCUGACUCCACAGCGGUAAUGAGCCUUGUGUACCUUGCACUGUCUUCACUGACAACGCCCACUACUAACCCCUCUGCCUCCGCCACCGUUUCAAGAUCAGGGAAGGACUCUCUCUGCCUUGCAUCGCGCACUGUGAUGGUCGCCGCCGCCGCCGCCGCCGCUGCUGCUGCUGCUGCUGCCGCUAAGGGAGAAUAGUUUGUUGAGUGGAUGACGGCGCGUUCACUGACCCUCUCCCCAUCACCCUACCAACUCAGGCCACCCACCCCCCUGCCACCAGACACCUGCUACACCACCACUACCGCCGGCUCCGUCCAGUGAAAGAUUCAUCGCAGACCUGCCAUUCAACGCCUGCCGCCGCCGCCGCCACCACCACCACCUCCUUAUGGUGGUGUCACUGUACCUGGAGCUGUUGUCAUGAUUGAAUAAUAAAUUGUGAAGAAAU